AUGAACUGCACUUCCUUAACUCCAAAUAUUACUCUGAUGGAGACUUCUUACAAAUAUCUCAUGUGCAGUGUGGUCGACUUUCUAGUUGGUCAGGAUAUUCGGCUCUCACCCGAAAGACCCGGGAUUCUUCAAGGCAGGACGGUCAGGGACAAUCUAAAAUCUAAGGCAUUCCUUAAACUGAAUAGUUUACGAUAUGGGAUCCCUACAUUGGGGGAGUAA